AUGAACAAUAACAAUAACAAUAAUAAUAAUAAAAGUGAUAAUUUAAAUAAUAAUAUAAUUAAAAAGUUAGAAGAAGAUGUUUCAUUAAAAGUUAGAUCAUCAGCAGUUAUAGUGUCAUUGGAGCAAGCUAUAGAGGAAAUUGUAUUUAAUUCUAUUGAUGCUCAAGCAACUUCAAUUGUAAUUUCAAUAAACUUAUCAAAUUUAACGUUUGAAGUUAAGGAUAAUGGGUUUGGUAUAAACUAUGGAAAUUUUAAAACGAUUGGAGAGCACAGUUGCACAUCAAAGAUCAACAAGUUAACAGAUUUAAAGUCAUUAUCGACAUUUGGAUAUAGGGGUGAAUCUUUAGCCAGUUUAUCAGAUGUUUCCAAUUUAGAUAUAGUUUCAACAUCAAAUAAUAAUACAGUUCAGAAAACUUUUAAUUUCGGUAAAUGUGAGCAAUUUAAAACUAUAGAUUCCCAAGACAGUAUCCAUAAUAAACCAAUUUCAAAUGGUACAGUUGUUAAAGUUAGAGAUUUAUUUAAAAAUUUUCCAGUUAGAAGACAAAAUUUAUUUCAUCCAAAUUUAAAGUUAAUCCUAAAGAAGAGAAUUGAAAUUAUAGCGUUAUCAUUCCCAAAUAUUAGAUUUUCUGUAUAUGAUGAAACUAAAAGUUUAAAUAUUUUAAAAACUCCAAAAGAUACAUCGUUUAUGUCAUAUUUCAAACAUUUUUAUGGUCAAGAAAUGGCAAAUAAAUUAGAAUUUAUAGUUUCAGAGGGUUUUCCAAAUGAAAAAUCAUUUUAUUUAUCAGGUUAUGUUUCAUCACCACAAAAGAAAGGGCAUCCAAAUAAAUCAUUUCAAUAUUUUUAUUUAAACAAUAGAAUUGUUUUAAAUACCAAAUUACACAGACAUAUCAACCAGUUAUAUCAUAAAUUUAGAUUGUUUAAUGCAACAAGAAGAGCUCAUGCAAAUACAUCUAAAAUACCAAAGAAAGAGGUUAUUGAUAGCAAUCCAAUUUUUAUUUUGUUUUUAAAAUGUUCACAAUUAGAAUACGAGCGUUCAUACGAACCAUCUUCAAAAACUUUUUUAGAAUUUAAUGACUGGAAGAAGCCAUUAGGCGAAAUUCAAAAUGUAAUAACCAAGUUUUUAACAAGAUUUAGAGAGAAUGACACUCUAUUAUACGAAAAUAAUUCAAAACGUUCUGACCCCUCAUCAGCAUUAGAUGUUUCAAUUUUUGAAGAUUCAAUUAGUGAUGACGUAAACAAUUCACAACUUGAAGAAAAUGAAGAGGAUGGCUUCGAUUUAGGUUAUAAUAAAAAUGAUGACAAUAACGAAGGUGAUAAUUAUAGAGAAAAUCAAGGUUUUGCUGAUUUUUUCCAAGAUGAAGAUGAAAAUAAAGAAUCUUUCAACAACACUGAAUUUUUAAAUCAGUUUGAUAGCAAAAGAAAAAAAGAAGAGAAAUUUAUUAAUGAUAUUUUACCCGAUUCUUAUUUCCUUAGUGAAAAGCCUUCACCAUCAAAAUCACAAUCACCACCUUUUAAAUCAGUAGUUACACCGUCAAAAUUAUCUUUACAAAAUAUUUCAUUACAAAACAAUAUAUCACCAACUAAAGUUAAUACUACUACUACUACUACUACUACUACUACAAAAACCACCACUAAUACAUCACCAUACAAAUCAAAAUUUUCAUAUUCACCAACAUCAUCACCAACACAUUCAUCUCAAAAUUAUUCACAAUCACCACAAAACCAAUCACAAACCUCUAUUCAAUUGGCACAACAAUUUAAUUCAACAUUACAACCAUUAUCAUCCUCAUCAUCUUCGGAACAAUCAAUCACAACUUCAUCACAGUCACCAUCUUCAUCGCAAUCCAAUAAUCAAAGUAGCAGCCAAAAAUCAUCUUUAAAAAGUGGUGGCAGUUCACCACUGUUUAUUUUAGCAAAUAAAGAAAGAAAAUCAGAUAGAGAUGAAGACUUUGAAUCUUUUGGGAAAGAUGAUUCAAUUUUAAAGCCCUCACCAAAUAAAAAAUUUAAACAACAACCAAUAAAAGAAGACCAAAAAAAGAAAGAUGAAACUGAAGAUGAAAUUAACUAUAUUGAUUUUAGUCUUAGAUACUCUGAUACCGAUUCUGAAGAUACAAUUUUAGAAAAUUUAGCUUCUCCUCCAAAACCGCAACCUUUACCUCAAAAACCAUCUAGCUAUUUCUCAACAAAAGAAUUGUUAAACCCAAAAGAUAAAGAAGAACUACCAAAACCAAUCUAUACAAUAGCAACUACAGCAACAACAGCAGCAACAACAGAAACAAAGGCACCCAUAGAAACAGCAACAACAACAGCAAAUUUAUUAAUUAAUGAAAAUGUGGAGUUAUCAAACAGCAAAGCUAUUGUUUGCUAUGAAAAUAAUAAUAGUAAUACAAAUAAUAAUAGCAAUGAUAAUAAUAAUACUAAUAAAGAAAUUGUACCAUAUGUAAAAAGAGAGCCAAAUUUAUUAGACGAGCAUCAUUUGGCAAAUUAUAAUCCAACAUUUAAGAACGAAGAAGAGAUAGUACUUAGAGGUAGAAGAGGCUACAUCGAAAAUAGUGAUGAAGAAGCCAAUUAUAAUAAUAAAGCAAAUUAUUCAUUGAAAGUUUCAUCAUAUAGAGAAGUUAUAGAUUUAGAAAACGAUGAGACUACUACUAUUACAACCACCACCACAACAAUUAAAAGUGUUAAAACAGUUUCCGUUAAAAAGAAAGGUACUGGUGGCAAUAUCAAUCAUUAUAGAGUUAAAAGAGAACACCCAAUACUUAUAAAAAAAGAAGAUUAUAAAGAGCUAGCUGAUAAUGCUUCAACCUUUAGCAAAUCAAAUGAAACAAAUGACUCUUUGUUUGAACAUUCAUAUGUAGAUAUUGUACCAUUCGAGAUUAGCGACGAUGAAUCUGAAGAAGAAACCAAGGUUAUGGAUACUGGCUUAGAAGAAAAUAUAACGCCACCUUCAUCACCACAAGCAUCACCACCACAAGCAUCACCAUUAAAAAAUCAAAGAAAACAAAAAGAUCCCUUUAUUAAACAAGAAAACGAUUCACCAACAAAAAAGCAAAAAAUUGAAGAUAAAGUUGUUAUUAAUUUAGAAUCCGAUAGCGAAGAUUAUGUGUAUAGUAAUUCAAUAAAAUCACCACCAAAAGCAACUAAUACAUCAACAUUUUUUAUUAGAAGAGAAAACAGUGAAAAUACAGCAAUUUUUUCAAAAUAUUUCAAAUCUAAUAUGGACAACUAUAACGCCAGAGAUGAUAAUACAAGCAAUACCACACCAAUCCUUAGAGAUACCAAGCUGUUAAACAUAUCUACUGAAACUGAUUUACCAUCAACCGAAAGUGCAUUUUCCGACGAUGAAUAUGUCAAAAAAAAAGUUACAUUUGAUAUUGAUAAAAACCAAUUCUUUUCCCCACCACAAUCCUAUUAUGAAGAAGAAGAAGAAAUAGAAUCAACAAAUAUCAACAACAGGGACGAAAAAGAAACUGUUUAUCAAAUUAAAAAGGAAAAUAAUAGUUCCUCAAUAUCGGUAAAACAAGAAAAAAUAUUAAAACAAAAGAAAGAGGACGAGGAUGAUGAAGACUUGGAUGAUGAAACAAACUGUCCCACCCAUAAUCAUCAACAUCAUAAUUGCAGCCACGAAGAUGAAAAUUUUGUUCAUGACACAGAUUACAGCAGAAUCGAAUUAAUGAAGGUAUACAAACACAACAAUAAUUCAAUAAGCCAAUAUUUUGAUGGAAGAAAAAAUACAAAUAAUAACACAACAGAGACAUCCACAAACAUGGGGCCAUUUAUUAAAGAGCUUUUAACCCAAAAAUGCCAAGAAAUAAUACCAAGAGAGAUGCUAAAGGAUUUUAAAUUUAUAACACAAUGGGAUAAAAAGUUUUUAGUUUGUGAAGCCAAUGGAAUUGUAUUGGUUUUAGAUCAACAUGCAGUAUCAGAAAGAAUCAAAUUAGAAACAUUAGAAAAGAAAUAUUUUGGUGAAAACAAGUUUGAUUUAUGCCCAAUGCCAGAAAGAUCAAGGUGGUCAUUAACAGCUUACGAAUUAGAACUAAUGAAAAUAUAUUCAAAAAAUUUAGAGGAUUGGGGUUUCGAAUGGAGAUCUAACCCAACGUCAAUUACAAUAUUACAAGUUCCAAUGUUUUGCUUAGUUGGUUUAGGUGUAAAUGAUUUAAGAGAAUUUUUGUAUUUAUUAGAGAAUAAUAAAGGAUCUCCUUCAACAAAACCUCCAGCUGCCCAUCGUAUUCUAGCAUCGAAAGCAUGUAGAACCGCAAUUAAGUUUGGUCAUAAUUUAACCAAAGAAGUUUGUAUUAAGCUUUUAGAAGAUUUAAAUGAAUGUAACAUCCCAUUCCAAUGUGCCCAUGGUAGACCUAGCAUUAUUCCACUAAUCAACUAUUCAAGUUUAUUUAAAAAUUUAAAUCAAUAUAAUAACAAUAAUAAUAACAAUAAUAAUAACAAAAGGUAA